UUCGUACAUCGUCCGUCUCGUAUAUAACGAUCGUGAAUCCCACUAAUUAUAAACAGCACCAGUUAACAUAGCCCUUUUGACGAAACUAUUGAAACCCUUUGUAUAUCAUUUAUUCAUUUAUUAUUAUUAUUUUUCUUUUUUUAUUCCUUCCUGAUUCCCUCUGGGAAUGAUUACAAUUAAGCCGCCAAUUGUCGUAAACGAAUUUCAUCUUUUGUUUGUGGAAUUAUAUUGAAUAUUUUGCUGUUUUUACUAUAUAGAAUGGAAGAACAACUUAUCCUUUUGCGGAAAGAGUUUUUGCAAAGACUCUAUAAGAAUAAGCCAGCAAAGGAUGCUAGUCGGGAAGAAAUAGCUAGAUGGCUCGAGAAUCGAUCCCAAGAGGUCUCAAAAAUGACUGACAUCGUCAAUGAAGGCAAAGAGCAGUUAGCACCCUACGAUAGAAUGAAGUAUAUGGAACAACUUUCGGACUUGAUCGUUCGAUUACAUGAAACACGGUCUGAAAUUUUUCCUCGUCCUCCUUUUCGUUUUCAUCGAUCCUACCAACUGCAGCAGCAAGCAAAACCAGUAGCCAACAGGCAAAAACGCGAAGAUGUCAAGGUCAAACGGUUUGAGAAUGAAACUCUUUUUUUGUCAAAUUUGUCAAACGAAACUCUAGAUAAUAGUCUCUUCGAUCACCAAGAAGAACGGCCGAUCAAAUUAAUUAUAAGAGAUUUACAAGGGUGCAAUGUGUAUAUUCCUAACUGUUCUGCGGUUCAUAUUGAUAGCUCAAAAGACUGUUCCUUUCACUUUGGCAAUAUUCGAGGAUCCCUCCAUAUUUCCCAGUUAAAAAGCUCUCAAAUAUGUGCCUCUUGCCAUCAGUUUCGCUUACACGAAUCCAAUCACCUCUCCAUUCAACUGCAUUGCCAAACUUCACCUGUUUUAGAAGGAUGCAGCAACAUUAUUUUUGAGAACCCUAGUGUGCAUCCAAUUUUGGAUUUUUCUUGGGCGAGGCCGGAUGCCUCGCCCAAUUUUAAAGUAAAAGCAUAGCUUUUACUACAAGCAGCUAUGAGCUUCCUUAAGAAUUGAAUUCUAGUACUCGCUGCACUCUCCUCUCCUUAUUUAGGAAGCUAAUGUUGCUACCAAGCUAUCGAAAAGAACAAAAUCUCAUACGCUUUAUAAUUCCAUCCGUUACUUCCACUCAUAUUCUACUCGAUUAAAUAUUUACUGUCGUUUAUCGAAGACUUUCUUUUGUGGACUUCGAAGUACUGUAGAAACUGAAUCGAAAAGACGAUCAUUCAACAAAAACCAAUCUUUUCUGAGCCAUUUCUUUCUUUUACUACCUUUAUAUAUAAGUAAAAAACGAAAUCUCAUGUCUUGGCCUUUUAAUGUUUUCGUUAUUUAUAAUAAGAGUAAAUAAACAAAAAUGGCUUUCAAGUAACAAGUAACCUUCUCGUAUUUUUUUACGCAUAUAACCUUUUUAC